CAUUUAUUUUUCUCAUUCUAUUCUAAGUUCAUUCGUUUAUCACAUUUCUUUUUUUAGUACCAACACACUACUCACUACUGCAACUCUCUCUCUCUCUCUCUACAAAGUGAAAAUCCAAACAUGGAAGCUCAAAAUCGUAUUGCAAGAAUCUCAGCUCAUCUUCAUCCUCCUAAUCUCCAGAUGGAAGAAAGUUCUGGUUUGAGCCGAGCCAAUUGCAGAGCGAAAGGUGGUGCUCCUGGAUUUAAGGUUGCUAUACUUGGUGCGGCUGGAGGCAUUGGCCAACCUCUUGCAAUGCUUAUGAAGAUAAACCCAUUGGUUUCUGUUCUUCAUCUCUAUGAUGUUGUCAAUUCCCCUGGUGUCACAGCUGAUAUUAGUCACAUGGACACCGGUGCUGUGGUGCGCGGUUUUCUUGGACAGCCACAGCUCGAGAGUGCUCUUGCUGGCAUGGACCUUGUGAUCAUACCUGCUGGUGUUCCGAGAAAGCCAGGAAUGACUAGGGAUGACCUUUUCAACAUCAAUGCCGGGAUUGUCAGGACCCUUUGUGAAGGGAUUGCUAAGUGCUGUCCGAAUGCCAUUGUCAACUUGAUCAGUAAUCCGGUUAACUCCACAGUUCCGAUUGCAGCAGAGGUUUUCAAGAAGGCCGGAACUUAUGACCCAAAGCGGCUCUUGGGAGUCACAAUGCUCGACGUUGUGAGAGCCAACACUUUUGUGGCAGAAGUAUUGGGACUUGAUCCUAGGAAUGUCGAUGUUCCAGUUGUCGGAGGUCAUUCUGGAGUGACAAUCUUGCCUCUUCUAUCACAGGUGAAACCCCCUUGCUCCUUUACCCCAGAAGAAACUGCAUACCUCACAAAUCGCAUUCAAAAUGGCGGAACAGAAGUUGUUGAGGCAAAAGCUGGCGCUGGUUCGGCAACACUAUCAAUGGCAUAUGCAGCUGUUAAAUUUGCGGAUGCAUGCCUUCGGGGAUUGAGAGGAGAUGCUGGCGUUGUUGAGUGUUCUUUCGUAGCUUCUCAGGUCACAGAACUACCUUUCUUCGCCACCAAAGUACGACUUGGCCGUACCGGAGCUGAAGAGAUCUACCAACUCGGACCCCUUAAUGAGUAUGAGAGGAUUGGAUUGGAGAAAGCAAAGAAAGAGCUAGAUGUGAGCAUCCAGAAGGGAAUUUCGUUUAUCAAGAAAUGAGGAAAAUGAGAGGAUAUAUGGAAGAUUUCAUCAGCCUCUUACAAUGUCUAUAUAUUUUCUCUUCCUACCUCCUCAAAAUUAGUCUUCUCAUACCUCACUCGUGAAAAUGAAUCCUACUUGUAUGUUAUGUCAUUGAUCUAGACACCAGAAACUGUUCUGUUAUCUUGAAUUUUCCGUCAUGAUCGGAUCGAAUAUAUACAAGUUAGUCAUCCAGAUUGACACCA